ACAAAAAACAACAACAAGGCUCAGCUGUGUUCCAGUGCUCUCCAUCCUAAAGAAGUUUUAUAUUUAUUUAACGUUAAAUAAUCACUAUUUAGUGACAUAUACGUGAUAUCUACAUCGCAGUAUAGAUAUAUAAUAACAGUGUUUUCCGUUUUUUGUCAUUUCAAAUGUCUGAAGGUGUAUAAUGCCCUCUUUGUGUUCGCUGCUAGCAUUUUAGCUUUAACUGCGGAAGGAAAAAAAUACCACCCCGACUCUAAGAGAAACAUUUAUGGCCAAACUGGACCACAAGACGAGUCGGUGGAGAUUGUGACCUCCAUUGAUGAGCACACGCACCAUUUCCCAGCCUACAGUGAUGUCUCCAAGAAAACGGCCGCUGCUCCCGGUGAGCAGUCGCCGCAAAGCAGUGGAUGACUUCUUCCCUUUUAACCGAUUGCCAGUGGAGUGCCAGCUGCAUGUCUUAUCUUUCCUGAAUGAAGUUGACAAAUGCAGCUGUGCUCUUGUGUGUCUGAGCUGGAGCUGCCUGGUGCGCUCAUGGAAGCUGUGGAGGGUUGCAGACUACUCUCGCCGAGGGGUCUUUCACCUUGGGCAAGAGGGUCUGCUGGUGUCCAACCGUGAGUUUGAGAGGUGGAAGUCCUGGGUCCACCACUACACGCACCAUCUGAUUUCCCGCAGAGCCAGCCUGCUGACACUCAAGGCAAGCUUUGACCUGGGCGACCGCUGCCACAAGUGGAGUGAGCUGCUCACACACCUGCUGGACAACGUGCACUGCCGAGACUUGAGCCAUCUAGACCUCAACUGGACCUUCACCCUUUUAGAGCCUCUGGACCUGCGAGUCCACACCAGCUCCAGUUCACACCAGGACAGCAUCACCAAAAUGGACCAGGUGAACAGCUUCCAGGAGCUGCUAACAAAGCUGACUCAUAGCUGUCCUCGAAUCUCUAAGAUGCGCUUGCACUUUGACUGGUCAGACGAGUCUGUGUCUCUGCUCACGCAGUUCCAGCAGCUCAGGGUCCUGGAGCUCAAGUACUUCUGGGUCUUUAAAGGGGUCACUCCUUCUACACUGCAGACCCUCACCAAAUCCCUGCCCAACCUCAAGUCACUGACUCUGCACAUUCUGGUACCGCUGCGAAAUCUGGGCAUCUCCUACACCCUAGAAUCCAAGUCUAUAGAGUUUCUAGAUGUGUCUCCCAGUAGAGGUUUGGUGUUUUCCUGUCUCAAUCUGCCAGCCCUUCGUGAGCUCCGAGCCAAGAAAAUUGUCCGAGGGAUUACACUGGACCGAAGGACCAGACUGAGGAUUCAGAGUCGUUGGCCAUGCUUGUACCAUGUCCUACGGGAAGGGACGCCCAAACUACAGACUCUGAACAAUGAGAGGCUUCUCCCCGCAUGGAGAGAGCAGAUGUAUGGAGAGAUGUCAGCCAUACUUGAUCAAUCGUGUUACUGUGUGCAACACUUAGACAGCUGGCUGUGGUAGACUUUGGUGCAUACUUAAAAGAGAGGUGAACCUUUUCUCAGUAGGAUAGAAUGUUUCAAGACUAGUUUUGAAUAGUGUGUUUCAUGGCUUAAAGCAAAAAAGGAAAGAUAAGUAGUAGAUAAAAUUGUCUUAAAAUAUCAAGAUCAAUUUACAGUUCACUUGCAAAAUACACAUGAUUAACCAUAGACUGUAUAUGUACUUCUUUAUACAGUCUAUGUGUAUAACCCAUGUUUGGAUAAAAAUCCAGUAUAAUGGGAAUUUUAUUUAUAUGCAAAAAGAGACAAAAAACUAUAAUAGUUUUUCUUGCUUUUUUGUUUUUUAAUGCAAAAUGUCAUUCACAUGUGUCUGGAAUCUCAGAGCUGAUCCAGUGAUUUUGCUUAUGCAGAAGACCUUCCUCACUGCUGUCUGCACAAUAACAUGAAAACAACAAGCAGGUUUUUAUAACGUCUGUAGAUUCUAUUGAACCAACAUUGACAUUCUGUUUUCAAGGACAACAAAUUCCCAUUAUUGUGUUUCCAUUCUAACAUUGUGUAAUAGGAUUUUGGUUGUAACUGUAAAAAUCUACAAAAUUAUCUGAGGUGCCCAAACAUUCUACUGGGAAAAUUACAGUUUACCUGUAAAGAGAGAGAGAGAGAGCAUAUGAUCUCUGAUCUUAAGUAAUGAAUGAUUUUGUUUAUGACUGACAAUCGUCAUUGGUGCUAUGAGCUGGGUGCACUUUGUUCUACUGUCCUCCAGUCAUUUCAGUUUGUUGCAUGGAUGAUGUUGAAUAUCCAGAUGAAAGGAAAAUAAUUCAAGUUUCAGUUUGAAGGGGAAAUUGCUUAACAUUAGCUCAUUAAGUGUAAUAAUGUUGUGAAAGUAAUUUAUAAAUUUGUGUCUCAAACUUGCUAAAUACAGUUUCUAGUCAUUUCAUUAAUCUCACAUAGUAGAUCUGGAAGAUUUGCCUUAACACUGCAUUAUAGAGAAUAUAGAGUCACAUGUAUGGUGCUGUGAAUAACUUUCUGUAUAUAACUUUGGUCCAUUCAAUUAUGUAGACAUUCCUUUAAGUUUUCAGGGGUACACCGUUUUAAACUGUACAUACUUUUGUUUUGAUAAUUUAAAGAUUAAUAAAUCAAGAUGUGUAUCCAA